AUGGCUGCAUCGAUCUUGUUAGUGUGUGUGACUGUGAUUCUGGUUCCACUGAUGCUUUUCGGGCUUAUUGGAAACACACUGACUCUUCUGGUGGUUUGGCUCCGCCCAAACAUGAGAAGCUCCUCCCACCUCUACCUGAGCAGCAUGGCUGUUAGUGACCUGCUGUUCCUCCUGCUGCUGCCUCUGGAUCUAAUUGAGGUCUGGAUAGGCUGGAAGUUAGGAGUCAUCGUGUGUAAGCUGAGCAUGUUCCUAUCACAGUGCUGCAUCUUCUGCACCAUGAUCCAUAUCACCUUUCUCUCCAUGGAGAGGUACCUGGUUGUCUGCUGGCCAAUCACCUCAAAGACGCUGGUGACAAGUCGCAGAACCAGGGCUCUGAUUGGCUGCCUCUGGCUGGGAGCGGCUGUCAGUGCAGCCCCAUUUUUGGUCAUGAUGGAAGUGGAUGAUAUGAAAAGAGAGGUGUGCAGAGUAUCACCAUCCUCAUUCUCCUCUGGUCUCGUGUUGGCCAUGAUAAUUCUCUAUUACCUGUAUGUCCUGGUACCCCUGUGCAUCCUGGGACUGGUCUACAUCCUGAUUGGACGGACUCUGAGGCUCCGUACAAAAAUCAGCCGUAAAGACAAGAGUCAACAACAUGCAGUCAAGAUGCUGGGUGAGAAACACAAUCCAACACACACACCCUCAGGAGUGAUCUUCUUGGCCUUCGUCCUGUGCUGGCUGCCCUUCAUCGUCCGUCUGACCAUGACCUAUGAUUCUUUGACAGCCGGUUCUAACAUGCUGCCAUCAACCCUCUGGUGUACAACCUGA